AUGAAGAAAUUCAUAAAUGAUAUUAUUGUUGCCAUUAAUGGCAGUCCUCUCAAAACUUAUACCCAAUUGGAGAAAGAGAUGCAAAGUCUACGCAAUGACCACGAGUUAAGUGUUGAGGUUUACAGACAGGGAGUCGAGGACAUUUGCAAAUUAAAUGCGAUUGCGUUAACGAUUGCCACCAAUUACUGGAUUCAAUGCCACCGAAGAAAUGGACAAUCACUACAAUUGAUGGCAGACAACGGAUCCAAUGGUCACUCUUUGCUUAGAAACGUUCAAAUGAUGGCUAAACCCAAACAAAUCUUCAGUUACGAGUGGUUCGAGCCGUUUGUGUCCAUAAAACGCUCCCACCGUUUGUCGGACAGCAAACCGGGCGAUAAUUUAAAGGCAAAAUAUCAUUGGUCGGGAUUGAUAUGCCAUAAAAGGGGUUUCAUAUUAACGAGUAUUCCAAACGAUAUCCCAAUUCACAGUCAAUUUAUUGUACGUCUAAACAAUGGCCGAGAGUUUGCCGCAUACCUCGUGAGGACAGUCAACGAGUUUGAUCUCAAGAUUCUACUACUGGAGGACAGGGACAACACCGUAGGCCAGUGGCCGGCGGUCGAGUUGGCCAAAAAGGUUACCUUACAAUUGGACGACUGGGUGUAUUCGGUAGGGUUCAGCGGCUAUCAGCUCCAGGAUUGGACAGUUGGCGGAUCGGUUACUAACCCGACCGCAGACGGCCGUCGUGUCGCUUACAUUAAGGAGAGGGCUGUCGCCUAUCCAGCCGUUACCGGCUAUCAGUACAUACAUCACACGUCGUCCGUCAAGAGCGGCGUCGCCAACCGAUCGGCGCUGAUCAACGCCGGGGGACAAGUGGUGGGCAUUACGUUUCACACGUACGGCGAGUCCGGACACAUCGCCGUCCCUAUCGAUAACCCAUUGAUCGACCGAGUGUUGAAAUGGAUGGACACAUAUGACUGGGAAAGGGAGGGCCCGCCUCUGGGUCUAGUGGCCUAUUACUUGAAUCAAGAGUUGCGCCAAUUCUUACUGGAAAAUCAAAACAAAAAGGUUUGGCGCGAAGACGGAGUACUCGUGUGGCACAUGACAUCCGAGUUUAUGGCAAAG